AUGUUGAAAACACAAAAUUUUGUUAAACAAAAAUGGAAGAAAUCGAAAUUAAUACUUUUAACCCGUUUAUCCUUAAUAUCGUUGGUGUUGUGUUUAUUCUAUAUACGAUUUUUAUUUAUGGCAACUCCGGCUAUAGAUUUGCCAGCUGAUAGUGAGCAUGCUUUAAAUUCCUUGAAAAUUGGUCGUAAAAUAUUAUCGCUGCAUAAUCAUGAAGACAAAUAUCAGCAGGGAAAUUGCUCUAAGCCUGCCAUAUUGGAAUUUCCCUCGGAUGGCUUUUCACCGGAACAGCGUAGACACGGUUGGAUUAUUUUGCAUAUAGUGUUGAUGUUUUACGGCUUUUGGUUUUUGGCCGCCAUUUGUGAUGACUACUUAAUACCCAGCAUAGAACAGAUUUGUUCAAAUUUCCACAUUGAUCGUGAUGUUAUUGGUGCCACUGUUAUGGCUGCUGCUGUCUCCAGUCCUGAACUUUUUAUGAACUGUAUUGGCACUUUCAUAACUAAGGGCGACAUUGGCGUGGGCACGAUAGUAGGAUCAGCGGUAUUUAAUGUUUUGGCAGUGCCCGCCUGUUGUGGUCUAUUUGUGGCCAGUUAUUUAAAAUUGGAUUGGUGGCCCAUAACUAGAGAUUGUUUAAUCUAUUUGGUUUCUGUUAUAGCACUACUGGUUAUAUUAAGAGAUGGUCGAGUCUGGUGGUAUGAGGCCUUGGGUCUGAUUAUAGCCUAUUUUGUUUAUAUGUUAAUUAUGUAUCAUAAUCAAAAGAUGUCGCGUCAGGCCAAAGACCUAUUAAGACGUUGUGGUUACUAUAGGCCGCAAUAUACCGAGGUUACGGAAUUUACUGCUUUAUUAAGUCAUCGACAUGAAUCGAAAUUUAGCUUGGCCACCGAAGCUUAUCAGCAUAUGGAACAGGGUGUAUAUUCUUCACAUAUGAUGCUAUAUUUAGAGCAUCAGGAAAGAGAGGAAUCCAUUGCCUCUCCCUGGUCUUGUCAGGAACAAACUUUUGUUGAAUUUUUCUUUCGCUGGCCCAUAACCUUCCUUUUAUGGUUGACCGUGCCCAAUAGUCGUAAACAUCAUUCUUUUAAAUAUCUGACAUUGAUAUUAUCCAUUAUCUGGAUAGCUGUCAUAUCGUAUUUGGUAGCUUUUGUCAUAACAAUUAUAGGUGACACUCUGCAUAUACCCGAUGCCGUUAUGGGUCUUACUAUACUAGCUGCUGGCAUGAGUAUACCCGAAGCUGUUUCCAGUAUUAUAGUUACCAAACAGGGUCAAGGUUCUAUGGGCAUUAGCAAUUCUUUGGGUUCUAAUACCUUUGAUAUAUUAUUAAGUUUAGGUUUGCCUUGGUUUAUAAAAUCCUUUUUCCUACCCGAUAUAGCCGAUCAAAAGUUAUUGCUAUUAAAUUCCGCUAAUCUAAUGUAUGCGGGAAUUUUACUCUUAACCUCUCUUUUAUGUCUCUACUUAGUGUUUGUUUGGAAUAAAUUCACCUUGAAUUGGUGUGUGGGUGUUUCUUGUAUGAUCAUGUAUAUAGGGUUUAUGGCCCUCUAUAUACUCGUCGAGUUAAAUGUUUUCUUUCCCGUUAAUCUGCCCAUGUGUAGGCAUUAAAAGUUUGUAAAAUUCUGUGAUUGCAGGAAGCUAAAGUUUAAGUUAUAGAAUUUAGAUUAAGUGGGUUCAGAAAUUUCCCUAAUUUUAAUUUUAA